CUCGACCACAAUACUUUCAUGCUCUCACAAACUACUACUUCAUGACCAUUCAUCUUUCUCCCUCUUUAUUUAUAAACACCUCUCCUCCCCGCUCUCUCUUCAUGCCAUAGCUCACUCAACUCAUAAGCCACCACACAAAAGGCUCUCUUUCUCAAAUGAUUAUGGGGGUUCAUCGACAUUUUGAACCAGUCACAAAAUGCAGCACCGAGGGACGAUCAGAUCAGACGGUGGCUGCAGACCUUGAUGGCACACUUCUUGUAUCAACAAGUGCUUUUCCAUAUUACUUUCUUGUUGCACUUGAAGGUGGAACCAUUUUAAGAGCGCUAUUCCUUUUAGCAUCAGUUCCAUUUGUGUACUUCCUUUACUCGUUUGUAUCAGAGGCAAUGGCAAUCAAGACCCUCGUCUUCAUUACCUUUGCUGGACUUAAAAUAAGAGAUGUUGAGCUUGUUUCCAGAUCAGUCUUGCCCAAAUUCUAUGCUGAUGAUGUUCAUCCUGAAACUUGGAGAGUGUUCAACUCCUUUGGAAAAAGAUACAUAGUCACUGCUAAUCCUAGAAUCAUGGUCGAACCAUUUGUCAAGACCUUGUUAGGUACUGACAAGGUUUUUGGCACUGAGUUAGAGGUUACAAAAUCUGGAAGGGCAACUGGGUUCAUCAAGAAACCUGGAAUUCUUGUUGGAAAACAUAAAAGAGACGCCAUUUUGAAGGAAUUUGUCAACAAUUUGCCAGACUUAGGCCUGGGGGACCGAGAAAGUGACCAUGAUUUCAUGUCCAUAUGCAAGGAAGGCUACGUGGUGCCAAGGACCAGGAGUGAGCCACUGCCAAGAAACAAGCUUCUAAGCCCUUUAAUAUUUCACGAGGGACGAUUCGUUCAGAGGCCCACGCCUCUGGUUGCCCUCCUGACAUUUUUAUGGAUGCCAAUUGGAAUUAUUCUAUCAAUCCUCAGAGUCUACCUUAACAUCCCUUUGCCUGAGAGAAUUGCCUGGUACAAUUACAAGAUUCUUGGGAUUAAAGUCGUAGUUAAGGGCACCCCUCCACCGCCUCCCAUGAAUGGCCAAAGUGGGUCCCUCUUUGUAUGCAAUCAUCGCACCGUUUUAGACCCUGUUGUGACUGCAGUAGCCCUACGAAGAAAAAUUAGUUGUGUCACGUAUAGCAUAAGCAAGUUCACUGAAAUAAUUUCACCCAUUAAAGCUGUUGCUUUAUCAAGGGAGAGAGACAAAGAUGCUGCUAAUAUCAAGCGUCUGCUAGAGAAAGGUGACUUGGUGAUCUGCCCUGAAGGAACCACUUGCAGAGAGCCAUUUCUUUUGAGAUUUAGUGCUCUUUUUGCAGAGCUCACUGAUAGAAUUGUGCCUGUGGCUAUUAAUACAAAACAAACAGUCUUCCAUGGCACUACAGUUCGAGGGCAUAAACUGUUGGAUCCUUAUUUUGUAUUCAUGAAUCCAAUGCCAACUUAUGAGAUCACCUUCUUGAAUCAACUGCCCACAGAGCUCACUUGCAAAAGUGGGAAAUCAGCCAUUGAAGUUGCAAAUUAUAUACAGAGAGUGCUUGCUGGGACUCUAGGAUUUGAGUGCACUAAUUUGACUAGGAAGGAUAAGUAUGCUACUCUUGCUGGUACUGAUGGCCGAGUUCCAUCUAAGAAAGAAAAAGAUAAGGAAAAAGAGAAGGCUUAAGAAGAAAAUUCACAUAAAAUUGCAAAUUAUAUCAUCUCUUUAUUAAUUGUUAUCAUAUGUUUGAAAAACUAUCACAAAGAUAUACAUUUUAUGUUGAUGAUUUUCAUUAUAAAUUAAAUAAUCUUCCUUUUUUUUAA